GUAGAAAGCCCCACUAUCUUCCAGCCAUGGGUGUUCACGUAUACGGUAAGGCCAUUAAACACAACGCGCUAGUCAGAAUAGGCUUGGCGAAGCGGAUCUUCGGCGUGGGCUACCGUACCGCACAAGAGAUCUGUGCCAAGGUAGGCAUUUACCCACAGAUGAGAAUGAACCAGCUCAGCGAGCCUCAGAUCAUGGCUAUCAACAAGGAGCUUUCUGAAAUGACUAUCGAAACCCAGUUGAAGCAGAAGAUCUUGGAUGACAUUGCCUUGAAGAGAUCCAUCAACUCGUAUGCCGGAAUCAGACAUGCCAACUCCUUGCCUGUGCGUGGCCAAGGCACGAGGAACAAUGCCAGAACGGCCAAGAAGUUGAACAGACUAGACAGAAAGUUGUGAUUUGGGACAAAUUACUUGUAUAUAUAAUGUAUGACGGAAUACGAAUGUGGUGUAGGAGAAGCCGCUAGUCUGGAGUUGGAUGUGCGGUGAAAACAGAAAGACGAGAGUAGGGACAGAUCCAC